ACAUGCCGGAGGGCAGUUGCGCAGUACUGUGCUUGCGUGGUGCACCCGAAGGCGAGUUAGAUGGCAGACGUGCUGCGUAGAUUGCCUCUGCUGGUGCUGGUUGUCGUCGUCUUCCUGUUUGUCGUCUUCCUCCACGUCUGUUUGUCGUGCCGGCCGUGGAACACACGUCGGAAUCGGGGGGCGUCAACGAGAAGGCCACGCACGGACCGACCGAUGGCGAACAUGCAGGCAGGCGCGCCACAAGUGGCAGGAGGGUCGGCUAGCAAGGAAGGCGGCGAGUUCACAUCCCUCCUGGAAGCAGGCUUGGACCACGACGACGACGGAGAAGUUGAUUUGAGGUUCGGGUUGUCGUCGGGCAGCGCGAGAGAGGCCAGUCGGACAUUCAUCAUCGAAGACCAACCUUCGCCACGUUCCCUGCAACGUCCGCGAGGCGAGCACACGGAACAGUCGACACUUCGUGGCGGUGCUUCCCUUACUGCACGUGCAGGGCCGUCAUCGACAACGCGCCAGAGUGGAGCGAGCACGUCGUCCGUCGAUCCACUACGAAAGACAUUCCCCGCACGCAGCGGGGUAUCGGCAGCAGCCGCACGCAUCAGCGGAGUCGCGGCAGCGCCCGCCCGCAACAGCGUUGGGCGAUCGAAUACGCCCAACCCUGCACCCACGCCCGGUGAUGAAUUGAGAGGCGAUCCCGCUUGCAGACCGGUGGUGCGUUCGCAGCCUACGGUGGAGAACAUAACAAAGGGAGUGUCGAACAUGAGGGCACACAACGAUGGUGUCGACGAGAAUGGCGGUGCUGGCGAGGAUGUCGACGAUGGAUACAGGGAGGACGUCGAAGCCGUUGACGACGACGGCGAUGCGCCUAUCCGGCCUUUGGGGAAGGUGGGUGGGAGGGGGAGAGGCCGCGGCAGAGGUGGUGGUCGAGGUCGAUCCGCACGGCGUGGCAGCAGAGUAGCCGAUGUCGACGAUGGUGGAAAAUCAGCGGCGUAUUGGUCCACAGACGAUCAACUGCUCCUGGUGCGCUGCAAGCGGGAGCAGGACAUGCACCUUGUCGGCCUUGGGCACAACUACGGUCGGAUGCGAACGAAAGAAUGGAAGUGGGAGGACAUUGCGAAACGAAUGGCGAACGUGGGUUGUCCUAGAGAGGCCGAUGACUGCAUGAAGAAGUGGGACAAUCUAUUCCAGAACUACAAGAAGAUACAAAGGUUCCAGAAUGCCAGCGGCGAGGCAGAUUUCUUCAGGCUGUCAAAUGAAGAGAGGAGGGACCACAAUUUCAAGUUUCGGAUGGAGAGAGCGCUCUACAACGAGAUCCAUGGAGGCAUGCUGGGAAACCACACCAUUUUUCAUCCCAACAUCGCAGACACAGGUAAUCCGGACGACGUGCAGUUACCGAGACGAGGAGCGGGCGGCGGGGAGUCUGUCGGUAGUGAGGCGGUCGGUGAUGGGUGGCCGGAAGAACGUUCUUCGCCGAGGGAGUUCGACAGCAAUGUAGGCAGCGGGGCCCGAAGCAUGAAGCGGAAGAACACGCGACAGCAGGCGCUGGAGUCCAUCUCCACUGCGAUGAUAUUCAUUCAUUGUUGGGGACGUCACACGACAAGGACGAAACGAUCACGUCAGGACGCGAUUUCUGUCAGCGGCGCGCACUUGGACGUCGACGGUUGGGGAAGACCAAACGACGGCGAAGGCGAGAACGAGACGGGAUACCCCGCUAUGGAGGAGGUGGCGCGAAUGGAGCACGACCAGGUCACACCUGUUACAACGCCGCAAGGGAGACAUCGCGAGGAUGCAGGAACCGGGACAUCUGCGGCGACGCCACGUGUGGAAAAAGCACUCGGCGAACGAGGAUCUGGCGGUGCGGCGACGCCAUGUGUACAACAAGCAGUCGGCGAUCGAGGAUCUGCCGGUGUAGUAGGAGAUGCGGCCAUGCUUGGAGAUCAGGCGCAGGUUUGUGGCGCCGCUGCGGUCGUCGGCGAAGCGGCGGGCACACCUCGUGAAACGGGAGGAGGGGGGCGGAAGGCAGAGGAGGCGGCGAGGACAUUGGAGAUCCCCCGCGCGAAAAAGAGAAAGGCGGCGGAGGACGACGAGCCGCUUGUGAACAGGGUCCGCAAAGGCGGAGUGGUCAAAGAGCUGGCUAAUCGGGCGAAACUAUGGGUGGACGACAAGUUGUUCUGGACGUCGGGGAAGGGCCGCAGGCUAUACAACAUUGUGAACGACGCACGGGAGUACCUCGUCGCCAUCGCCAAAGGAGUUCCUUUGCCGAAGGGCCCGAGAAGGGUGGCCUUGCCGAGGUCGAACGUCACGGUGACGAGGCUCACUGAUUCCGCGCAGUUGCAGGGGGCGACUAAUCGCGCGUCGAAGUGCCAGAACGUGGUGAUGCGUGUUCUGCACGGAUGGGUCUUCAAGUCCGGAAGCAGGGAGAGGGGGUACACUCUCGCAUUCCAGUACACGAAUCGGUGGCCACGGACUUCGCGUGCUUACAUCGAAGACAGGCCCCGGGAUGAUGACAUGGCUGCUUACCAAGAAGCGACUGUCAAACGAUUGAUUGCUGCGUUCAGCGUGGCGGUUGAAAUAGGGAACGCGAUGGAUGGAGGAUGCAUAAGUCAUGACCGUUUGUCCCGUGUUGCGGAGAGCUUUAAGGUCCUCUUGACGGUUGCCAUGUGGAUAAUGCGAUUGGCGGGAGACGAUCCGAGGUCUCACUACGAAGCUUUCUACUUCUGCAACCUCGUGGCGAAGCCCGUUAUGGUGGCGUCCAUGCACCGCAUCUUCGAUCAUCGUCGCCACACAUUGGCUGCCGCGAACGCUGCAACCGAGCGACUGGGGAAAGCGCAGUUGACGUUAGGCCACGCGCCCAAUUUCAUCCCGGACUGGGCUAAGUGCGGGGUGAAAUUCGGCCAUGACGCGAGUUUGAGUGGACCCGACGAGGCGAGAGGGCUUGAAUGGUUGGGCACAGGCCCUCCGACGUGCGAGGACGACGACGACGACGAUGAUGAUGCCGAAGACAGCUGAACGCCACGCGGGAGGAGGACGACGCCGACUGAGACGACGAUGGUGUGUGUCGGCGGGGGGUGGGGCUUUCGUAGCAACCUAGAC